AGCAGCUCUGUAAUGCGCUUGUGGUUUCAGAUGUGGGCGGCCUGUGUGAACUUGUCGUGCAAGGCUCACGUCACCAACUGCUGCAGUUAUCUCGUGAAUCAGGCUGAGGGUCAUUGCUGUGCACCCAGAGACGGUUGGGUGACAAGUCACCUCCAGGUUGGGGGUGCCUCAGAUUUGUGAUGGGACUGGGCAGAUGCAUCUGGGAAGGCUGGACCUUGGAGAGUGAGGCCCUGAGGCAAGACAUGGGCACCUGGCUCCUGGCCUGCAUCUGCGUCUGCACCUGUGUCUGCUCGGGAGUCUCUGUCCCAGGGGAAGGACGAGGGCCAAGGACUGGAACCUUCAUCUGCCUCACCAACAACAUUCUCAGGAUUGAUUGCCACUGGUCUGCCCCAGAGCUGGCCCAGGGCUCCAGCCCCUGGCUCCUCUUCACCAGCAACCAGGCUCCUGGUGGCACACAUAAGUGCAUCUUGCAGGGCAGUCAGUGCACUGUAGUGCUGCCACCCGAGGCAGUGAUUCUGCCAUCCGACAAUUUCACCAUCACUUUCCACCGCUGCGUGUCUGGGAGGGAGCAGGUCAGCCUGGUGGAUCCGCAGUACCUGCCCCGGAGACACGUGAAGCUGGAUCCACCCUCUGACUUGAAGAGCAAUGUCAGCUCUGGCCACUGCAUCCUGACCUGGAUCAUCAGUCCUGCCUUGGAGCCGAUGACCACACUUCUCAGCUAUGAGCUGGCCUUCAAGAAGGAGGAAGAGGCCUGGGAGCGGGCCCAGCACAGGGACCACAUUGUUGGGGUGACUUGGCUUAUACUUGAAGCCUUCGAGCUGGACCCUGGCUUUAUCCAUGAGGCCAGGCUGCGUGUCCAGAUGGCCACGACAGAGGAUGACGUGGCAGAGGAGGAGAGUUAUACAGGCCAGUGGAGCGAGUGGAGCCAGCCUGUGUGCUUCCAGGCUCCCCAGAGACAAGGCCCUCUGAUCCCACCCUCGGGGCGCCCAGACAACAUCCUUGUUGUGUCUGUCUUUCUCCUGCUGACUGGCCUGAUGUACCUUCUGUUCAAGCUGUUGCCCAGGGUGAAGAGAACCUUCUACCGGAACGUGCCCUCUCCAGCGGCGUUCUUCCAGCCCCUCUACAAUGUGCACAAUGGUAACUUCCAGACUUGGAUGGGGACCCACAGGACCGGCGUGCUGCUGAACCAAGACUGUGCUGGCACCCCACGAGGAGCCUCAGAACCCUGCAUCCAGGAGGUCAUCGCACUGCUCACCUGUGGUCCAGUGUAUCCUUGGAAAUCCGUGUGCUUGGAGGAGGAGCAGGAGAACACUGGGACCAGUGUCCGGGGGAACCUGAGCUCAGAGGAUAUGCUGCCAGCAGGGUGUAUGGAGGGGAGGGCACAGCCACUUGCCUAUCUGCCACAGGAGGACUGGACCCCCAUGUACCCCACCGGGCCAGCUCCCCCAGACUCAGAGGGCAGUAGCAGUAGCAGUUACUACUGUGGUGUCUUGGACUGCUAUGGGGGAUACCACCCCUCAACCUUCCCUAGAAAUGUGCAGAGCUCUGGGCCCAUCCUGACCCUGGCCCGUGGCCUUUCCUGUGAGCAUCAGGGCCUGGAGACACAGCCAGAAGGUGCCUGGAUGCUGGCUGGUCACUGCCAGAGGCAUGGGCUGCAUGAGGACCUCCAGGGCAUGUUGCUCCCUCCCAUCUUCAACAAGCCUCGGUCCUGGACGUUCUAGGUCCCCGACUCACCAGAUGCAUCAUGUCCAUUUGGGAAAACGGACUGAAGUCUCUGGAGCCCUCGUCUGGGACUGAACCUCCUGAGAAGGGGCCCCUAGCAGUGGUCAAAGGUCCUGUCUGGAUGGAGGCUGGAGCUGGUCCCAGUGUUCUCCUGCUCCUCAUUUCUAGAGAUUAAAAGGGGCUUGAUGGU